GCGGAACAUCUUUGAUGAUGCCAUAUUGCUAUGUAGUUUUAUGGGCCUUCUUAUUAUCAAAGCACACAAAUCAACAAAGUACCGCAUACAAGAACAUCAGAAAGUCUUCCAACUGAGUAAUCUCUAUGACCUCAUUUUAACAUCUACUAAGGGGCAGAAUGAGUAAACAUGUUACCCAUCCCUGACUGCCUGCAGUAUUCAGUAUUGAGUGCUUUUCGGCGAACUGUUUCGAUAUUAUGUGACAACUGACUUUACUGAUCGGCACAUUGUGGCUUAGUGAGUUAUUUCUCCUUGCUUGACAAAAGAAACCAAUGUUUUUUUUUAUACAUGACAUAUUAGUAUAACAUUUACAUUACUUUUUUCAGUGACCAGAACUUGUUGUGUUAACACGUUAGAUACAGGUACAUUUAGUAGUGUGAACUAUGCCCGAGGCUUUGGUCCAUGUGUUGCAUGCAUGUCCUAUGUUUAUAUUAGAAAGGUAUCAACAUUUCAACAUCAAUUAAUGAUAACAACUAACCACUACCUAUAAAUAUAAGCCCACUAUCAAGAAUCCAUAAAAGUGUCCGAGAUUGACUGGAAGACCAGCAUUGCGGGUAUACACUUCAAAAUUUAACCUUACGAUGAAGCUGACACUAUUUGUUUUGGCAAUAUGCCUUUCUGUUGCGAUGGCAGAAGAAACAACCGCACCACCCCCUGCAUUUAACAGAUUAUGCAAAUGUUCCAAGGAACUGCAUCAAGUGUGUGGUGAUGAUGGAAUAACCUAUGACAACGAUUGUUUGAGGAGGUGCAAUUUCGUUGGUCUGCUACACGAAGGGGAGUGUGAGGAGGACCUGUGUAUCUGUAACAGACGCUACAACCCCGUGUGUGGUGAUGACGGUAUAACGUACGUCAACGAUUGCGAGAUGGAAUGCAAGGGAGUGCAUUUUGACCACGACGGAAGCUGCGAUAAGUAAUAUCAGGCUUUCAUUAUCCAUUGCCGGAACCUGGACGUAUGGAUCAAUGAACACACCACCCAAGGAAAGGCAUUAUGUCAUUAUACAGUAUAACAACCAGCAUCAAAUGAGUAGAAUACUUUGUUUUUGUAUGUCACCAUGUUCUAAUGUACGUUACCUAUUCAUAUGCAAUCGGUUUAUUUAUUAAACGUAAAAUACG